AACUUCGUAUCGAGCAAUUUGGUCGCCUCACCAACAGACACAUGUAAUUAAAGCCAUGCAAUGAUACGCAGGAUAAAGUUGCUAUAACUCCACAGGUCUCAGUCGCACGGAAGGACGCCACAAAGCUCCACAGGCAAAUGUGACGUCAUAACAACAUCGACGAGCCAAUAACCACCCAGCAUGGCCGCUACAUCCAGUAACGCUUCCUUUCUUUCGUUUGGGAGGAACGACAGCUUCAUCUCGAAAAGCUUCCAAGGAAUCAACCAUCACAAUCUUCCUACCUCGCUCUCAUCCCUUAUCUCAACCGCAACGGAGAUUCACUGGGCAUCACUAGGGCCCGUUCCCGAAUCAUGGCUGCUCAGCUUCAAAGAUGCCUCUGGUCGAAGUAGCAUACGAUGGGGUGCGCUGCUACCCCAACGUCUUCAGACCAUCUUAGCGAAGACCUGGCACUCUCCGCACCUACGAUUCUGCCUUGGACCCAACGACUCGUUCAUUGUCUGGCAUCCUGAGCUUAUACGAUGGGCAAACCUGCCGCCCAGUCUUGAGGACUCCUUACAGUCAUGGCUAACACCUUCGGGAUGGCGUGUAGGCCCCCCUCGUAUCGUUACCUGGGGACCUGAAGGCGCUUUCUUUGCCAUGAGUGAGUAUGGAGACGUGGUUUAUCGACUUGGUGAUGGAGAUAGCUGGGAGAUCUACAAAGAGACUGUUGAAGAAUGGAAGGCUGAAAAGGGCUUUUCGUGGAGCGAGCUUGCAUUCAUCGCCCUUGAUCCUACUAUAUCUGACCAGUUCGUCGCCAUCCGCAACGACGGCACGUGGGCUGGUAGCAUUGACGACAUUAACGAAGAUGCUCUGGAAGAUUUGGCUCUCAACUUCUUCGCCAAAGCAAAGAAGAGUCGGAACAGAAGCCAGUCGGGUCACCAAAACAGCACAGCGACACCUCUUCUAUCAUCAAGCAGCACAAAACCAGACGCCGCCAUCCAGACCCUCUACGAGCAAUGGUCGAAAGACACAGCAAGCAAGCUAGCCUCAGCUUUAGCAGCGAUCGGCCCGACGACAGGCCCAUCGCCUUCAAGUCCAUCUGGCAACAUCCCAGUCCGCCCGAAACCCCGCAAACUGCAAGUCCGGUCUUCAUCAACCUCAAUCCCAACAACGACCCCAGCUCCCGCCGCUCUUCUUGUCGCCUUUCCGUACCUGCCUCCGAUAGUGACGAUAUGUGCGCUUCCCUCAUGCGAGCUGCUCAAAACGGAGUCCCUGAGUAUCAAAGCAUGCAGACACGACGUGGAGAUGCUGAUGCGCGCGAGCGGGCUGUACAGCUACGAGUGGCUAAAGCAAGAGAGGCUAAGGUGGCAUCCGGAUCGGUUCGGGCGGUUGUGCGAUGAGUCGUGGAGGGAGGAGGGAAAGAAGAUGGCGGAAGAGAUGUUCAAGAUCAUUGACGCACUAAUGGAGGAUCUUAAAACGGCUGGGAGCUAAGCGGAGAUGUACAUGGAUUGUUCAUGCGGUACACACUGCGUCUGCUUUGGCGAUCUUUUUUUUCUUCCUUGUUCGCCAAGUGCUUGUACGCGUGGGUAUGCAAUGCGGGUGCUCAAAGUUACGACAGAAUAUAAAACACUGAAAGGGCAAAUAUUCGUCCGCAUACCGGCAGACAGACCGAUGCCGUUACUAAAUGCCGAGUCUUUACUAGACAUGUGGCAGGGAAGAAGGAGGCAUGACCUGCCCAUGUACAGCCCUGAGGUUUGUAUAGGCUGAACGAUUAACUGAACAGGUAAGUGCACGAAGGUGGUGGGUAUCUAUAGCUAACAAGCAGUAAGGAGAGCGUGAGUAGGGGGCAUAAGAAAUUUAGGAAGUCCCUUCGCAGUAGGCUCUUGCUCAAGAUAUCCAAGCCCAUGUCA